AUGGCGAUCUGGGCACACCCGCAGGGCCACGCCGAGGGCGACACGCCCGGGUCGCGCGCUGCGCACACGUGCGAGUACGUGCCUAGCCGCGAUGCCUUCUUUCUCUUUGGUGGCUGGAGCGGCAAGAUGGCGCUGAACGACCUCUGGCAGUUCCACGUGCCCACGCAGAGCUGGAGCCUGCUCCACGCCGACGGUCGCCUUCCGUCGCCGCGCAACAACCACGCCUCGACGGUCGUCGACGACAAGAUCUUCAUUCAUGGCGGCCACGACGGCUCCACAUGGCUCUCGGACUUGCAUGUGUUUGACACGCAGCGGUGCAAGUGGAGCGUCGUGACCACGUCGGGCCAUGGCCCCAGCGCCCGCGCGUGCCACACCAUGUCGCGCGUCGGCCGCAAGAUCUACGUCUUUGGCGGCUUUGACGGCGUCAACUGCUUCAAUGACAUUGACAUCCUCGACCUCGAUACGUAUACGUGGAUCCACCCGACGGUGCAUGGGUACCAGCCGGCGCCGCGCAAUGCGCACACCGUCUCGAUCCGGGGCACCACGUUGUACAUGUUUGGCGGGCACUCUGGCGCCAAGCAUUUGCGCGAUUUGUACGAAUUCCAAACCGAGACGCUGACGUGGACGCACUUGGCCAGCAUCCAAGGCCCGUUCCCGCCGGGGCUGCGCGGCCACACGGCGACGAUCCGAGACCACAAAAUUUACUUUUUCGGUGGCUACGACGGCCGCGGCCGGUCCAACGAGCUCUUCAUUCUCAACCUUGAUGGCAUGUGCUGGGAACGGCCGCCGGAAAUGGACGCUGUGCCGACGGGCCGCCAGCGCCACAGCGCGUGCUUGGUCGGCGCCAGGAUCUACUUUGUCGGAGGCUUUGACGGCUUCAAGUGGAUGGACGACAUGUACAUUCUGGACAUUGGCUCCAUCGAGGAGCAAGGGCUCCGAGCGACCGCGCAAGCCCACGUCGUUGCCAACCUCCGCCACUUGCUGCUCGACCAAGAUGCGAGCUACAGCGACGUGACGUUUCUCGUGCAGGACAAGCCGAUCCGCGCGCACAAAGCGAUUGUGGCGGCGCAGAGUCCGUUCUUUCGCUGCAUGUUUGCCAGCGGUAUGCGCGAGAGCCACGCCGAUACCAUUACGAUUCCGAAUUGGUCCCACGCCGCCUUUUACAGCUUGCUCGAGUUUUUCUACACGGGCUACGUCGAGCAGCUCUCCCUCGAGACAGCGGUCGAGCUCCUCGGCCUUGCCGACCACUACUCGGUGGCGGAACUCUCGCGCCUCUGCGAGAACCACCUCGCGCACACUCUGGAUGUCGAGAGUGUCUGCACCGUGCUCAUUGCCGCCAACAUGUACGAGGCCAUGAUGCUGAAAGCAAGCUGCAUGACGUUCAUCCACGCCUGUUUCCAAGACGUGGUCGAUACCAAGGGCUUUGAAGAGCUCGGUGAGUACCCGAUGCUGCUCCUCGAAGUCACCCGCAGCGCCAAGGCACGUCGCCCUCUCGACACGUCGUCGGGCUAUUCUUGA